AGCGAGGGCAUAACACAAAUGGCCAAAGACAUUGGCUUAGUGGUGCUCUUGUCAUUGUUAUUACUUGGUAACUAUGUUGUCAAUCUUGAAGCCUCACAUCAUCAUCAUCAUGUUUACAAGAGAUUUCAGAGCUCGAAAGCCAAAUCUCCUCCGCCAAACCAGCCCUACCGGACCGGUUAUCAUUUCCAACCUCCAAAAAAUUGGAUGAACGAUCCUAAUGGACCAAUGUUAUACAAAGGAAUAUAUCACCUCUUCUACCAAUAUAACCCAAACGGCGCCGUUUGGGGGAACAUCGUGUGGGGCCACUCCACGUCGACGGACCUCGUCAACUGGGUUCCACACCCUCCGGCGAUCUCUCCUUCGGAGCCGUACGACGCCGGAGGCUGCUGGUCCGGCUCCGUCACGAUCCUCCUCGAUGGCAAACCCGUAAUUUUAUACACCGGAGUCCACGGCACCGACAACAUCCAAACCCAGAACCUGGCCGAGCCCACGAACCUCUCCGAUCCAUUUCUCCGGCAGUGGUCCAAGUCGCCAGCGAAUCCCCUCAUGGCUCCGACCGCCGCCAACAGCAUCAACGCCACCUCCUUCCGUGACCCCACCACUGCAUGGCUCAGCCUAGACGGAAAGUGGCGCGUAAUCAUUGGUAGCAAGAUCGACCGCCGUGGACUAGCGAUUCUCUACACGAGCAAAGACUUCGUCAACUGGACCGAGUCGCCGGAGCCGUUGCACUCCGACGACGGAACCGGAAUGUGGGAAUGUCCGGACUUUUACCCGGUGGCCAGGUUCGGUUCGUUGGGCGUCGAAACGUCGUCGUUUGGUGGUCCUCCGUUAAUUAAGCACGUGCUGAAAAUGAGCUUGGACGACACGAAGCACGAUUAUUACACGAUCGGGACGUACGAUCGUGUCAAGGACGUGUACGUUCCGGACAAAGGGUUCGCACAGAACGGUUCGGCUCCGAGGUACGAUUACGGCAAAUAUUACGCGUCGAAGACUUUUUACGAUCCUUUGAAGAAUCGGAGGGUCUUGUGGGGUUGGGUCAACGAGUCGUCUCCUGUGGUCAACGAUGUGGAGAAGGGCUGGUCCGGUCUCCAGGCGAUUCCGAGGAAAAUAUGGCUCGAUAGAUCGGGAAAGCAGUUGAUUCAAUGGCCGAUUAAGGAGAUUGAGAAAUUACGUGCGACACAAGUCAAAUGGCCGUACAAAGUUCUUGAGGCUGAAUCUGUCCUUGAAGUUUCUGGCAUCACAGCCUCACAGGCCGACGUAGAGGUUUCGUUCAAAGUGAGAGGCCUGGAGAAGGCAGAUGAAAUAGAACCGGAUUGGACCGACGCGCAAUUGAUAUGCAGUGAACAAAAUGAAUCGGUUAAGGCCGGUUUAGGGCCAUUCGGUUUAAUGGUUCUCGCAUCAAAGAGCUUGGAAGAGUACACAUCUGUCUAUUUCAGGAUCUUCAAGGCCCACAAUGAUAGUAACAAGUAUGUCGUCGUCAUGUGCAGUGACCAAUCCAGAUCUUCCUUGGAGCAAGAAGAUAACGACAGAACAACUUAUGGUGCUUUUGUUGAUAUCGACCCUUUUCUCCAACCACUCUCUCUCAGGACAUUGAUUGACCAUUCGAUAGUGGAGAGCUUUGGAGGGAGAGGGGAGGCAUGCAUCACAGCAAGAAUCUACCCGAAACUGGCGAUUGGAGAAGAAGCUCAUCUCUAUGUCUUCAACAAUGGCCGCCAAAGCGUUCAUCUUUCAAGCCUGAGUGCUUGGACCAUGGCCACUGCCCAUAUCAACUGAUCUUCUUAUCUAUCUAUCUAUAUACACUCAUACACACACCGUGAGAAAUACUUUCGUGAUAUUAUUAAGUUUUUACAAUAGACCUACAUAUAGACUGAUACAUGUGAGAAGAAUAAGGAAGAAUGGGAGAGAAUCAUGCACAAGAUUACAAUUACGUAACAGAGGUCCUAUAAUAUAGGAGUUUCCUCUUUUGUGAA